CAGUUCCCCAACCAGCCCGCGGCCGCCGUGCUUCCUGCUUCCACUCCGCCGCUCGACGCCCGAUCCAUUGAUGCUCGCGACAGCAUUGCCGUCCGCGCGCAUCGCUCCGGGUCUUCCUCGCCGCAUCCAGAGGAGGGUUGGUUGGGGUUGCCCCUGUCGGGCAAUCAAUCCCAGUGGAUGAUCAACCUCUGCAUCUCCUGCCUUGCGCGUGGUGUGCUGUGGAAAACAUAUGCAGGAUUGCCUUGUUUAGUGACCCCGGCGAUUAACCCGCGCGCCUCACUCGCGUGUGCAUGCGUCGGUGGCUUUGGCUUAGCAUGGGCUCUAUCUCUUCUUAUCGAUUGCGGGUUGCAGGCAGGGGGAUUCAGUCCCUGACUAAAAGUUGCGGCCGAUUAACUAACUGAUGAUGCAUCUCCUCGGCAAUCGGCAUGCUGCGCAUUAGCUUCUUCACGCUCUGUGGAAAAGACAGUCAAGUUGUCCACGCCUUGGACCCGACAGGAGACCCGUCCAAACCCCUCCACCGCUGCUCGAUACCUGUCGAGGAUGAUCCAGACGCUGUCGUCGUUCCAAAGAGGACUCCCAAUGAGAUCGUGAAGAAGCUGUCGUACAUCACGGUUGACAAGCGGGACAAAGUUUCUCCGCCGCUGUUCGGAGGACGUCAAACCUGGAAGCAGAGGGAGGAAAGCUUUAAACUGAACGCUACCAUGAAGGUGCACUGUGGAUUUAUGAAAAACAGUGGUGCAGAUAUGGAUGCUGUUGAUGUCGAGUACAUAGAGAAAUGCAAAUUCGUGGUUGCCUCGGGUAUUUUUGAUGGCUAUGACGUUCCUCAUCAGCCAUCAAAUAUUAGCCUUCGCUCUCAAAAGUUGUUCUGCUUCUUGAUGGUGGUCGAUGAGGUGUCCUUUGACUUCAUUGAACAGAAUGUCACUGUCAAAGUUGACAGCGCAGGAGGGAAAUGGGUUGGUAUAUGGCGACUUGUAACAUUGCACCGCCCUCCAUUUGAUGAACCUAGAAGGAAUGGAAAAGUACCAAAGAUAUUGACGCAUAGGCUAUUUCCUCAAGCCUGGUAUAGCAUUUGGAUUGACGGGAAAAUGGAGCUUAUGGUUGAUCCGCUGCUUAUUCUUGAAAGAUAUCUCUGGCGGGGCAAAUACACAUUUGCAGUGGCUAUCCAUAAGCAUCAUAGAAGCAUAUAUGAGGAGGGUGAUGCAAUCAAACGAAGGAAGCGAUAUGCUCGGCCUUUGGUUGAUCUUCAGAUGAAGAUAUACCGCCACGAGGGAAUGGAGCCUUGGGACGAAAAGAAAAGGAUGCCCAGUGACAUACCAGAAGGAGCGGUGCUGAUCAGGGAGCACACGAUGAUAACGGACCUGUUCAGCUGCCUCUGGUUCAACGAAGUCAACCUCUUCACGCCCCGUGACCAGCUCAGCUUCGGCUACGUGGCCCAUCGGCUCGGAGACGCUCUCAAGUUCUUCAUGUUCCCCAACUGCGAGUACAACUCCUUGUUCAUCCUGCACAGACACACGAGGGAGCACUCGUCGAAGGUGGAGUGGGCCAAGACGAUCGACGAGAUUUUGAAGAAGGGACUGAAGGAGAGCAGGGGAGGGCUGGGGCUGUGGACUCCGUACCCCGCAGACCUCAGCUCCGUCGAGCUCCCCACCGUAAAAAGAACUUCGCAGGCAAGCUAGGCUGGACCCGAAAUGUUCGAUCACGAUUCUUUGGUUGUGCAAAAGUAGAACACCCCUUUUCUUGGUGUGUUGUAGUCAGGGGAAAAUUUCUGUAAUUUCCUGUGGAUUCUGCUGCAGAUGACAUAGGGGAUGCACUAUAGGCCCGAAUCUUUACGACGAACUUGUAACUACAUUGCAUGUAAAAAAAGUUGAGCAUGGAAUGGAUCAUGUUUUUUGCUUU